AUGAACUUUUUAAUCAUUAAAGCCUUUGAAAUAUGUCUUUAUGAUCCCUCUAUUACCAUUAUUUUGACUUUUGAUGUUCUUAUUUGGAUGAAAUUUGAUAAAUUUGUUCAUCCGUUGUUAACUACUAAUGAAUGGCUUCUAAAUUGUCUGACUACUAUUAGGUCUGUCAUUGAUGCAGCCGUUAGUAGCGAGGCGCGAAUGGCUGCUUCACUAAUUCGUCUUCAUUUCCAUGAUUGCUUCGUUCAGGGAUGUGAUGGGUCGGUUUUAUUGGCUGAUACACCGACAUUUACGGGAGAGAGAACUGCACGUAACAAUGCUUUUUCUGUGAGAGGAUUUGAAGUCAUUGAUAGUGCCAAGUCUCAGUUAGAAAGCAUUUGCCCUGGAAUUGUUUCGUGUGCUGAUAUCGUUGCAGUCGCAGCCCGAGAUGCAUCUGUCGCCGUGAGUGGACCAUCAUGGACAGUGAAUCUUGGAAGGAGAGACUCCACAACUGCAAGUUUAGCCCUAGCUAACAGUGACCUUCCUGGCUUUAAUGACCCCCUUGCAUCCAUCAUUUCUUUAUUUAGCGGCAAGGGUUUAAAUCAAAGAGAAAUGGUCGCCCUUUCAGGAUCUCAUACCCUUGGUCAAGCUGCAUGUGCAACAUUUCGCGACAGAAUUCACAACAACGCAAGUGAUAUCGAUCCUGAUUUUGCAGCGACCAGAAGAACAAACUGCCCAAUAACAGGCAGCCCCGGAAAUCUGGCACCGCUUGAUUUGGUCACGCCCAACACUUUCGACAACAAUUAUUAUAGCAAUCUCAUCGCUAAAAGGGGACUUCUUGCAUCGGAUCAAAUACUCUUUAGCAACGGAUCUACAGACAGUAUCGUUGUCGAGUAUAGCGGCAAUUCUGCAUCUUUCAGCUCUGAUUUUGCUGCUGCUAUGGUAAAGAUGGGAAAUAUAAGUCCCUUAACUGGUACUCAAGGAGAGAUUCGAACUAUUUGCACUGCUGUUAAUAGCUAAUUUUUAUCUACAACGACGAGAAUAAAUUAGCUUUUAUAAUAUGUCCUUGUGUUAUUAAUUUUCACAAUAAACGGUGGGAGAAUAUAUAGCUUAAGCUAUAAUUUUACUCUCAAUCUCUUGUAAUUUUCAAUUUUUGAAGUGGCAUUAUAGUCUUAAUUUUGCAUUUA